AUGAAGGAUCAAGGCAAGGUUGCUCGCACCCUUGGUGGUGCUGGGAGCGCCUUCCUAUCAUGGUCCCGAGUGCUAUGGGAGAGCGACUACCGCUUCGCGGUGGGUGGUCGUCUCAACCAGCUCGACACGCACCGUGUCCUGAAGCGCCGUUGUCUUCGGUCGCAUGACAAGUGCAGGUUUCCUGGUUGUUCCCUCUCCGAGACGCUGGCGCAUGUGUUUAACCACUGCGCCGGGAUGAUGGACGCGGUGCGUGGCCGCCACGACGAGGCCCUCAAGAUCAUUGAGCGUGCUGUUGCGUCGUCGGCGAAGGACCGAACGGACCGGGUCGAACUGAGGGUUAACCAAACAGUACCCUCGCUCCCCGGGCCUGCAUUGAGACCAGUCUUGCAGGUAUACAACCACACCACACACUCGGUGUUGGUUGUAGACCCGGCAGUGGCAUUCGAAGAUCAGGCGACAGGAGACCCAAAGACGUCGUCGAUCGCGCGGAUUGCUGAGCUCAAGCGCACCAAGUAUGACUGCAUCAAGCAACACCUCGAGCGCCAAGGCUAA